GACGUCAUCGUGAAUUGAACACGAGUGUUCCUUUGCUUGUGGUCUGGAAAGAGUUGGGUAAAGUAGACAGACUUCACCCAUUCAAAACGUUGCGCAGGUAUAUAUCCCGAGUGGUUUGCUACUCCAACAUGGGUAAAAGAAACAGGGACAAGCAACGAAAACAACAACAACAGCAGAGGGAUGGCAGACCUCCUGGAUACAUAGACAACAGAGAAAGAGAUAAUGCCGGUUGGGGAGCUGGUUACUCUGAAAUCAUCAAGGAAAACAAGUUGUUUGAGCAAUACUAUAAGGAGCUUAAGAUCGUGCCAGAUGGUGAAUUUGAGGAAUUUAUGGAUACCAUGAGGGAACCUCUGCCUUCUACCAUACGCAUCACUGGAUACAAAAGCCAUGCCAAAGAGAUCCUUCACACUCUGAAGGAGAAGUAUUUCAAGGAUGUUCAGGAUAUUGAAGUGGAUGGUCAGAAGAUAGAGGCUCCACAGUCUCUCAGUUGGUACCCUGAUGAACUGGCAUGGCACACCAACCUGAGCAGGAAGAUUUUGCGCAAGGAUCCCCUGCUAGAGAAAUUCCAUCAGUUUCUGGUCAGCGAAACUGAAUCGGGAAACAUAAGCAGACAAGAAGCUGUCAGUAUGAUCCCUCCUCUGCUUCUCAAAAUUGAGCCACACCAUAAGAUCCUGGACAUGUGUGCUGCUCCAGGAUCCAAGACCUCCCAGCUGAUUGAGAUGCUCCACUCUGACAUGGACGUGUCUUUUCCUGAGGGCUUUGUGAUCGCUAACGACUCGGACAACAAGCGCUGCUACCUGCUGGUGCACCAGGCCAAGCGGCUGAACAGCCCAUGCAUCAUGGUGGUCAACCACGACGCCUCCUGCAUGCCCCGCCUCACGGUGGACCAGGACGGCCGGAAGGAGACACUCUUUUACGACCGCAUCCUCUGCGACGUGCCCUGCAGUGGUGAUGGGACGAUGCGGAAGAACAUUGACGUGUGGAAAAAAUGGACCACAGCCAACAGCCUGCAUCUGCAUGGGCUGCAGCUGCGGAUAGCUGUGCGUGGGCUGGAGCAGCUGGCCAUUGGUGGGAGAAUGGUCUACUCCACCUGCUCCCUCAACCCCAUUGAGGAUGAGGCAAUCAUCGCCGCCCUGCUGGAGAGGAGUGAAGGUGCCUUAGAACUGGCUGAUGCCUCAGCUGAUCUCCCUGGGCUAAAAUGGAUGCCUGGAAUCACAUCGUGGAAGGUCAUGACCAAGGAGGGCCAGUGGUACCCAGGCUGGUCCGACGUGCCGGUCAAUAGACACACACAGAUCCGCCCCACCAUGUUCCCCCCGACAGACCCUGAUAAGCUCAAGGACAUGCACCUCGAGAGAUGCAUGAGGAUCCUGCCUCAUCAUCAGAACACCGGGGGUUUCUUUGUGGCAGUGCUGCUGAAGAAAGCUGCUAUGCCCUGGAACCGUCGCUUUCCCAGGACCCGAAACAAGGAUAAGGCUGAGGCCUCGUCAGCAGAAGCAGAGGUUGUCCCAGGUGAGGAGCAGCCGAUCGUGGACUCUCCCCCGAGUGAGGCCCCUGCGGCAGAGGGAGAGACCCCUUCAGAGCUUACCUCCACGGAGCCUGACACCACUGCCACCGCCACCACAGACCCAAAACAGGAACCCGCCGCUAACAAAGGCACAGUGUGUUGUCCUCCACCUUCAAAGAAGAUGAGGCUCUUCGGCUUCAAAGAAGACCCCUUCGUGUUCCUGACGGAGGACGACCCCGUCUUUCCCCCCAUCCAAACCUUCUUUGAUUUGUCUCCAGACUUCCCCAAGCUGAAUGUGCUAACCAGGACCCACGAGGGGAAGAAGAGGCAUCUGUACAUGGUGUCCAAGGAGCUGCGCAAUGUGCUGCUCAACAACAGUGAGAGGAUGAAGGUCGUUAACACGGGGGUAAAGGUGUGGUCUCGGAACAACGACGGCGAGGAGUUUGGCUGUGCCUUCCGCCUGGCCCAGGAGGGCAUCUACACGCUGUUCCCCUACAUCAAUGCGCGGCGAAUCACCAUCAGUGUUGACGAUGUGAAGUGCCUCCUCACAGAAGAGAACCCCUUCCUGAGCAAGCUGAGCACCGACGCCCACGCACAGGCCAAGAAGCUGGCAAUGGGAAGCAUCGUCCUGAGAUACCAGCCAGAUCCAAAUAACCCGGACCUUCCCCAGUGUCCCAUCGAGCUUUGCGGCUGGCGAGGCAAGACGUCCAUCCGGGCCUUCGUCUCGCGCAACGAGCGGCUGCACUACCUGCGCAUGGUUGGCGUGGAGGUGUUCCUAAACAAGCAGGGCCAGAAGGGAGGCGACACUGCCUCCGAAGCCAAGGAGGGGAACACCGCCAGCGUGGACGGAGAGAAGCAGGAGGGGGUCCCUCCGAUUGAGGACCAGGAGGUCCCGGUAGGAGACGAGAACGGGUCCAGUGCCAACGGCACCAAACCUGUGAGCAGCACCUGAGAUGGAAAGGGAGGAGAGAAAGGAAGAGGGGCUUCUUGGCUUUUAGAGGUGUUGAAGUAGCAAGACUGGCAUCCGGCCAAAUUGUGCUGGAGAAUUUAAGCUCCUGUCUGCAAUAUAACAGCCCAUUUUCCAUGGAUGCUCUUGAUUCCUUGGAAUCGUCACCUAGAGAUAUAAAAAAAUGACUUUUUUUAUAUAUAUAUGACCUUUUUUAAUGUUUGGAUUUAAAGGCUUAUGUGCCUUGUUUUAUCCUUUGCUGAUGUUUUUGUCAUUUUAAGUUAAAUACACAUAAAUUCACUAUUUCAACAUAGUGCCACUUAACUACAUUAAUACUGCUGAGUUCUCGGUCAUGUAUGGAUACAGCUUAAUCUGCAGUGGAAGUGGUUGGUCUGGCAGAUUCAUUCAGAUUGUAUUCAGUUACCAUAUUCAUUUUCUUUCUUGCAAGAUGCUUUAUUUAGAGAAUGCCUAAAAAUAAAAAAUCCUACUAUGUAUAA